UUAUUAUUCCAGAAAAGAAAUACACCUCUUCGGUCUUUUCUCUUUUAGUUGGUCAGUAGUUGAAUUUUUAAUGACUUGGCCCCAAUUCUCCUCCUGGGUUUCAUCGACCGUUCCGGUGUUUCCAAUGCAUGGUAGCAGCAACAAUAAACAGUUUGAGACCCUUUUCUGUUUCUCUACCUGCGCCACUAUUCUUCAACUUUCGACGGCAACUCUGGGAGGUUGUCUUGAGAGCCAUGGCGGCCCAAUCUCUGCAACAAGUCGUCGCACUCAAGCCUUGCGGUUUCUCUGCCAAACCCACCACUUCAACCCCUCCAUCUCUGCUCGCCAUUGGAGCUCCUCAGAGCUCCGGCUGCUUGCGAGGCCGAGUCCUAAGAGCUCAGUCUAUUCCCGGCCUUGCUGCAAAGCCCUACUCCUCUGUUUCAGGUAUAAGAGCUCAGGUCACAACUGCCGAGCAAGCGGCAGUUGAAGUACCUCAAAGUGUUGAAGCGCCUGUUGCUGUUAUUACUGGAGCUUCUAGAGGCAUUGGAAAAGCUAUUGCUUUGGCCCUUGGCAAAGCUGGCUGUAAGGUUCUUGUCAAUUACGCUAGAUCCUCUAAGGAAGCUGAAGAAGUGUCUAAAGAGAUUGAAGAAUCUGGUGGUCAAGCCCUUACUUUUGGUGGAGAUGUUUCCAAGGAAGCUGAUGUUGAAGCCAUGAUCAAAACUGCUGUUGAUGCAUGGGGAACUGUUGAUAUAUUAAUAAACAAUGCAGGUAUUACACGGGACACACUGUUAAUGAGAAUGAAGAAAUCUCAAUGGCAGGAAGUAAUGGAUUUGAACCUUACGGGCGUUUUUCUUUGCACACAGGCUGCAGCUAAGAUCAUGAUGAAGAAGAGGAAGGGUAGAAUUAUCAAUAUAUCUUCUGUGGUUGGCCUUACUGGGAACAUUGGACAAGCCAACUACAGUGCAGCAAAAGCUGGAGUAAUUGGGUUAACCAAGAGUGUCGCACGUGAGUAUGCCAGCAGAAAUAUCACUGCAAAUGCAGUAGCUCCUGGGUUCAUUGCAUCUGAUAUGACAGCCAAACUUGGAGAUGACAUCGAGAAGAAAAUCCUGGAGACCAUUCCUUUGGGACGAUAUGGACAACCUGAGGAAGUAGCUGGAUUGGUAGAAUUUUUAGCCUUGAAUCCAGCUGCAAGCUAUAUCACAGGACAGGUUUUCGCCAUUGACGGAGGAAUGGUAAUGUGACUUUUGUGAAAUUCCAAUCCAGCUCUUUCCGUAGGAGAUUUGAAAUGAGUUUGGUUGCGAACUUUGGAAGGCUUAAGUUGUCGACUGAUUGUAAGGAGGUUCUGCCUCUGAAAUUUUAAACAAAACUGGGUUCAAACAACUUGGAAGUUUGAGCAGAGGAAAUAAAUUGCGGCAUUUGUUAGUUUUCUGUUGUGCUAUUGAGAAUCACAUUAUAAAUGAUCAAAUUAGACGACUUAUCAA